AUGCACCUACAGCCCGGAGAAUCCGACCAACCCUCAUGGACCGGCGGAAAACCAAUGAUCGACAACAAAAGACACAGCGCGCGUAUCCACUUUAGCGACAGGGAAUCUACGAUAUUCGAAUUCCCAUGUUUGAGCACAGCAAUCAUCCUCAGUUUCCGAGAUGAUGAUCCAGCAGAGGACGAGAAGUUGGUAGGCACCGUCACGAAGAGCAAGCUCGAUGAGAUGGGACUGUGGCCUACGUAUCGGGACUGCUUCAAGACUGCGACGGGCGUGGAAUGGGGCCUGCUCGUUCAUGGCGAGUUUGAGAAUCUGUUUGAGGGCGAUCCUAUUAUGGAGAUCGAUCGCUCGGUGUUGACGGACACGCCAACGCUUUGCGAUGCUUAUGACGACUUCUUUUCAAGCAACACUGAAAAGGAGGGAAUAAGGGAUUAA